AUGGAAGAGAUAUACUUUAAUUGUGAUUUGUCUAAUAAUAAUUCAAAUGAAUAUUUUGAGGAAGAAUUAGAUGGUAAAGCUAAGCUAAUAGCAUUAAUAUCAGGACCAUUUUCUAUGGCAACAUUAUUAUUUGGUAUUGUAGGUAAUGUAAACAUUUUAAUGGUCAUUGCACACAUAUCAACAUUAGAAAAAUUUAAUUCAAGGUUUAUUUCAUCUGUUAUAAUAUUAGCAUUAUGUAAUACAAUAACAUUAAUAUCAUCAAUAGAAGUUUAUGUAUUACCAUAUUGUAUAGAAUAUUUUAUGGGUUAUAAUCCAUCACCAAGUAUGCUUAAACCUUUAGCAUUUGCUAUUUCAAAUUCAUUUAGAACAGCUUCCAUAUGGAUGGUUUUAUAUAUAACAUUUCAACGUUUUAGAGCUGUAUCACAACCUUUUCUUGAAAGAAAACGUGCAUCAACAAUAAAAGUACGGCGAAGUCAAAGAUUUACAUAUAAACACCCUAUUGAAAUAUCUGAAGAAGAAGGAAAAAUUAAAAGAAAUUGUAAUAAAAAUAAUUUCAAUGACGAUUAUUCUUUUCCAUCAUUAUUUAUGCAUAAUUUUGAUUUCAAUGACUUUAAAAUACCUCUUUUAGUAGUUUUUGUGGCAAUUAUUUAUUCAAUACCUAAUUAUUUAGAAGUUAAAAUUAUCAGAUGUCCUAGUGGAGAUACAAAAAUUAUUCAAACUGCAUUAAGAGAAAAUUGGUGGUAUCGUGUUAUUUUGAGAGUUAUUAUUAAAAGUCUCUUUGAAAUGACAGGACCAUUUAUUUUGGUUCUUUCUUUAACAAUUGCUACACAACUUAUCAUUGCCAGAUCAAUGAAACAAAGAAAAUUAUUAACGGGCCAAUUAGAGAGAAGACGACAACUUGAAGAUGAAGCAUUACUUAAAACACCAGAAUGUUGUAGUACCAAUGAUAAUGGAGAAAUAGUAAGAAUUAAUAUUUUACCAGGACCAAUUCAAAAACAAAGAUCUUCUGCAAGACAAAAGCUUGCCUGUCACUUAGAAAAAUUUCAAAAUCAACGACAAGAUAAUGAAAAUAAUAUUAAUAUAACUGCUGUUAUGUUAGCAAUCAAAUUUUUAAUUUUACAUUCUUUAACUAUAACUUUAGAUACAUUAGAGGCAUUCGAAUAUACAGAUGUUGAAUUUUUCAAUCUCCUAGUUGCAAUAAGUAAUCUUUUUGUUCUAUUAGAUUUAUCAACAAAUUGCCUUUUGUAUGCAAGAUGGAAAAGAAAAAAUAAAGAGAAUGGCAUUAUAAAAAGAGGAAUCUGUGAUGUUAUGAAAUUUAUUUUACCCCAUAAGUAUUCAUAA